CCGACGCUGCUCGGCAGCUUCACAUCACUUCUGUCACUGCAGUGUAGGACUCUGACAACAUGAGCGGCCGCGGAAAAGGAGGAAAAGGACUCGGCAAAGGAGGCGCCAAGCGUCACCGGAAGGUGCUCCGAGAUAACAUCCAGGGAAUCACCAAACCCGCCAUCCGCCGCCUGGCUCGCCGUGGCGGUGUGAAGCGUAUCUCCGGCCUCAUCUACGAGGAGACUCGCGGUGUGCUCAAGGUGUUCUUGGAGAACGUCAUCCGUGAUGCCGUCACCUACACCGAGCACGCCAAGAGGAAGACCGUCACCGCCAUGGACGUGGUCUACGCCCUGAAGCGGCAGGGCCGCACUCUGUACGGCUUCGGCGGUUAAAUCGCACGUCUCUCCACAACAUUCAACGGCUCUUUUAAGAGCCACC